AUGGCAGUCACGCUGUUGGUCCUUGCCGGAGCGCUGUCCGUGGCGAGCGCGGGUCUGCUGGGAGCCCCCGCCGUCGUCGCACCCGGAGCGCCACUCGCCGCCCCCGCCUACGCCGCCCCCGCCUACGCCGCCCCCGCCUACGCCGCCCCCGCCUACGCCGCCCCGACCGUCGCCGUCGCCCGCGCCGCGCCCGUCGUCGCCAAGGCUGCCGUCGUCGACGACUACGACCCGAACCCUCAGUACAGCUACGCGUACGACAUCCAGGACGCGCUGACCGGCGACUCCAAGGGCCAGCAGGAGACACGCAACGGCGACGUGGUGCAGGGCAGCUACAGCCUGGUAGAACCCGACGGCUCCCGCCGCACCGUCGAGUACACGGCCGACCCAGUCAACGGCUUCAACGCCGUCGUGCACCGCGAGCCCGUGGUGGCCGCUAAGGCUGUCGUCGCCGCCCCCGCCGUCGCCAAGGUGGCUGCCCCGGUCGCCUACGCCGCCCCAGCGUACGCGAAGGUGGCCGCCCCCGUCGCAUACGCCGCCCCUGCGUACGCCGCCCCUGCCGCCUACGCUGCUCCCCUGCACACCAAGGCCAUCCUCGGCUAA